GGACAAAGUACAGGUGCAUAGUACCUUAUUUCAUCUUUUUUUUUUCUUUCUUUGCUACUUCCACUGCAGUAUGAUGUUCUCUUUGAAGAUAGCAAAUUGCUUUCAACUCUUCACGAGUACUCUGUCUUUUUUGAACCGUCCAAGCAUUUCUCUCUGUCUCACCCAUUCUUUUGAAGGAACGAUGUCAAGAGAACUAUUAACUUCAUUAAGUGACAUUGGCCUUCUACCAAAUGACUACUGCUCUGCAUCCGAGUCUUUUGGCCUCAUAUCUUGCUUGCUCUUUGCUUCAGAGAAAAGGGACAAGCACCAGCAUUUCUUGACCCUUUCAUCUUGGCCGAACUUGCUUCUGAAUCACCUGGGUGAUUCUUACAUCGUCAUGCUACAGAAUAGGAUAUGAACUAGUGAGUUAUGACUUUAACCUUUGUAAACCCAUCAUUUAUGAUUCCAGCAUUAAACUCUGAUGGUUGUGAUUGGAGGGACAGUACGCGCUGUUGAGUUUUGAGGAAUCCCCUACCUUGGCGGCUUGGCCCCAGGAGUACAACCAGCUAACUUUUUCGUUUUCUGAUGACUGGAUCUUAGUCCCUAAGGUGCUUCAGUGGUUCCCCUUGUGAUUUGAAGGUCACACUUUCUUAGCUGUUGUCCUCUUUCUUGUUCUGUGAAUCUGAUUCUACGGUCUCUGAAUUCUCACAUUUUCGUUCUGUAGGGGUAUGUGUGCAAGUCAGCAAUUACCUAGCUUUGUUUUUUUGAAGUGAACAAUUACCUAGCUUUGUUUAUAGGCAAUGUACAUUUGUACCUGCAAAUAUGAGGAAUUGGAGGUACAAAUGGGCACAACUCUUAUUGGUGUCCAACCACUAGUCCAUGCAAUUAUGCCGAAUUGUGGAAUCCAUUUCACCUUCUUAUACUAGAACUAGUCCCAUGCUUCAAGUAAAUUCUUGAAGAGUUCUUUAUAGGAUUUCUUUAUAUCCUUCAGCAAGUAAAUUGAGUACUCUCUCAACUUUACGCUCAUGAGUUGGGUUGGUAAAAAAAUCUGGAGGACAGAACUUUAAUAGAGGCAAUGUUUCAGAGGGUUUAAACUUAAAUGGGCCCGGUUGAUUGUCUAAUAAUUAACCUUAUUCUGGGAUGGCCCAUACAUACACUGGAUGGCAUUAGCAUCUGAUCCUUGGGUUGGUUGCUAGGUCUUCAGUUUUGCAGCACCUACUGCAAUCGAUCUUCACCCAGAAGGCCAGAACACUCUUUAUUCUGACCUCUGGAUGAGUGGAUGUGAUCCAGCUGGUGCAUGGUUGUUAGUAGUACUGUAGUACUAGUACCAGCAAGUCUAUUCCAGGACUCGGUUUCCACUUUUACCCUUGCGUUUGUCUAUUGCACCAGGCUUAGUUAGCCUUUUCACUUUGGACAAUCUUUAUGUAAGGCUGCACGGGUUAGUUGUGCCUUGUUGAGCCUUGCAAGGAAUUGACUGUGUCCAGCUCCCGAUCUACUCCACCCUUUAAGUAAAGCUCCUUCAGUUGGCAGACCUGGCAAGUUAGAAGAUCACUAGUCAUUUCCAAAAAUGAUUGCAACAUCGCACUGAGUUCAAGUAUCAGAGCAGGAUGAUGUAUUCCCCGCCAUGCACCGAUCCUGACAGAGAGGAAGAGCAGUGCUUCGCAAUCGGAACUAAUCUGCUUGCUUCACUAGACCAUACCAUGAAUUUUGAUGAGCCUAUCGUGUUUCCAAUGAACAAUGUAGGCAUGCAAGAAGAGAGGACUCAGCUCUACAAUUCUACUGGAGAUGCUCAACUAAGUAGAAAUAUGAACACAGGGAAGUGUUUAAAGGAUGGCAAAAGGAAGGGUUCUGGAGAGGACAGUUCAUCACUACAUUCUCUACGAGAAGUUAGCAUGGAGUGUGCUGAUGAGAAGCCGGGUGAUGCUGGAGCCAAGAGAGAGGACUACGUGCAUGUCCGGGCAAAGCGCGGCCAAGCCACCAACAGCCACAGCCUUGCGGAAAGAUUUCGAAGGGAAAAGAUAAAUGAAAGGAUGAAGCUUCUUCAAGACCUUGUCCCGGGUUGCAACAAGAUUACAGGCAAGGCCAUGAUGCUUGAUGAGAUCAUAAACUAUGUGCAAUCUCUGCAGCGGCAGGUUGAGUUCCUUUCGAUGAAGCUCUCAGCGAUCAGCCCAGAACUCAACUGUGACCUCGACCUGCAAGAUAUCCUUUGCACACAAGAUGCCAGCUCUGCUUUUCCAGGAUACAACGUGCAAGCGAACAAUGUGCAUCUUAAUCUGUACAGAGCAUCUGAAGAAGAUUUCUCACACAGGAUCAUCCCUAAUCCAGCAAAUGUUCAUGUGACAAGAAACGCCCAGUUAUCUGCAUUUCCUCAGAGAGGAGUUAUCUGGAACGAGGAACUUCGCAGCAUUGCUCCAAAUUCUUUCGCUUCAGAUACCAUUGCUGAUUCAAUGAAAGUGGAGUGACAAGUCGGCAGUUUAAUGGUGAACAGCUCUGAAAAUCUUGACAAGUUGGUCUGUUGGGUUGCUACUGGUGUGCCUUUUCAAGUAGCAAUGGUGGCACGGCUUCUCUUGGGAUGAGCUAGUUAACUUUAGUCUUCGGAGAGGAAUCUGGCGUCAACCCAUCAUGUACAGUUAUAAUAACUAACCAAAGGAGAACGGUGAUAUUUUUGCGAUCUGGUGGAGAAAAUAAUGUACAAUGAUCGUCUGGAAUUUCUGACACAACUGAGUUAGUGUUUUGGUGGCGUGUGGUUCCAUCUAAUUAUUUGGUUGUAAUAGCUGAGUCCGGACUCAGGAGAGAACUAUGUUCGUUUUAGUGUGAAGGUUGUUUUUUUUCUCUUAA